AUGAAAGCCCAAGAGGAAGAACUUUGCAAAGAGGAAGCUGUUGAAAAUAAGGAAGAAACUUCGGGGCAUAAGAGAGCUCUGGUGAACGAAAAUAUGGAGACCAUCAGUAAGACCGAUGAAGACGAAGCUCCACGGAGAAAUGCUGAAUCUUCUCAUCAGCUACGCGGGGAGAGACUCACAUGUGAUGGGUCAGCAAGUGUUGGAAAAUCGACGAAAGAAUUGGCAGAGGCGGAGGACAGCGCUACCAAAUCUAAAUUGUUACUGGGUGACGUCAGACCUUCCGGGCUACAAGGUCUCGAGCGUAAGACAGGGCCAGGUAUCUUGUCAAAUGCACUUCAGAAUAUUGCAAAUAACCAGGCAAACCAGACAAACAAGAAGCGCGUGGCCAACACAACCAAGAAGCAGUCGCUUGGAGGUAAGAGUUCUGGCGCUCGAGAUACCAAGCACGUCUCGGAUUAUAAGAUAAAGGGUAUUCCAGAGCCGGUGAUUAGAUAA